AUGCUUGUGCUUCCUCUACUUGUGCUUCCUCUUCUUGUGCUUCCUCUGCUUGUGCUUCCUCUUCUUGCGCUUCCUCUGCUUGCGCUUCCUCUGCUGUUGCUUCGUCUGCUUGUGCUUCCGCUUCUUGCGCUUCCUCUGCUUGCGAUUCCUCUGCUUGCGCUUCCUUUGCUUGUGCUUCCUCUGCUUGCGCUCCUCUGCUUGUGCUUCCUCUGCUUGUGCUUCCUCUGCUUGCGCAAGCUCUGCUAUUGCUUCCUCUGCUUGCGCUUCCUCUGCGUGUGCUUCCUCUGCUUGCGCUUCCUCUGCUUGCGCUCCUCUGCUUGUGCUUCCUCUGCUUGUGCUUCCUCUGCUUGUGCUUCCUCUUCUUGCGCUUCCUCUGCUUGUGCUUCCUCUGCUUGCGCUUCCUUUGCUUGUUCUUCCUCUGCUUAUGCUUCCUCUGCUUGCGCUUCCUCUUCUUGUGCUUCCUCUGCUUGCGUUUCCUCUGCUUGCGCUCCUCUGCUUGUGCUUCCUCUGCUUGUGCUUCCUCUGCUUGUGCUUCCUCUUCUUGCGCUUCCUCUGCUUGUGCUUCCUCUGCUUGCGCUUCCUCUGCUUGUGCUUCCUCUGCUUGUGCUUCCUCUGCUUGUUCUUCCUCUGCUUGCGCUUCCUCUGCUUGCGCUUCCUGUGGUUGUGACUCCUCAGCUUGCGCUUCCUCUGCGUGCACUUCCUCUGCUUGUGCUUCCUCUGCUUGCGCUUCCUGUGCUUGCGCUUCCUCUGCUUGCGCUCCUCUACUUGUGCUUCCUCUGCUUGUGCUUCCUCUGCUUGCACUUCCUCUGCUUGUGCUUCCUCUGCUUUCGCUUCCUCUACUUGUGCUUCCUCUGCUUGCGCUUCCUCUGCUUGUGCUUCCUCUGCUUGUGCUUCCUCUGCUUGCGCUUCUUUGCUUCUGCUUCCUAUGCUUGUGCUUCUUCUACUUGCGAUUCCUCUGCUUGUGCUUCCUCUGCUUGCGCUUCCUCUGCUGUUGCUUCCUCUGCUUGUGCUUCCUCUUCUUGCGCUUCCUCUUGUACUUCCUCUGCUUGUGCUUCCCCUGCUUGCGCUUCCUCUGCUUGUGCUUCCUCUCCUUGCGCUUCCUCUGCUUGUGCUUCCUCUGCUUGCGCUUCCUCUGCUUUCGCUCCUCUGCUUGUGCUUCAUCUGCUUGUGCUUCCUCUGCUUGCGCUUCCUCUGCUUUCGCUCCUCUGCUUGUGCUUCCUCUACUUGCGCUUCCUCUGCUUGCGCUUCCUCUGCUUGCGCUUCCUCUUCUUGCGCUUCCUCUGCUUCCGCUUCCUCUGCUUGUGCUUCCUCUGCUUACUCUUCCUUUGCUUACGCUUUCUCUGCCUGCGCUCCUCUGCUUGUGCUUCCUGUGCUUGUGCUUCCUCUGCUUGCGCUUCCUCUGCUUGCGCUUCCUCUCCUUGCGCGUCCUCUGCUUGCGCUUCCUUUGCUUGCGCUUCCUCUGCUUGCGCUUCCUCUGCUUGUGCUUCCUGUGCUUGUGCUUCCUCUGCUUGCGCUUCCUCUGCUUGCGCUUCCUCUGCUUGUGCUUCCUCUGCUUGCGCUUUCUCUGCUUGUGCUUCCUGUGCUUGCGCCUCCUCUGCUUGUGCUUCCUCUUCUUGCACUUCCUCUGCUUGCACUUCCUCUGCAUGCGCUUCCUCUGCUUGUGCUUCCUCUGCUUAUGCUUCCUCUGCUUGUGCUUCCUCUGCUUGCACUUCCUCUACUUGUGCUUCCUGUGCUUGCGCUUCCUCUGCUUGCGCUUCCUCUGCUUGCGCUUCCUCUGCUUGCGCUUCCUCUGCUUGCGCUUCCUCUGCUUGCGCCUCCUCUGCUUGGGCUCAUCUAAAUGGGCUUCCUGUGCUUGUGCUUCCUCUACUUGCGCUUCCUGUGCUUGUGCUUCUUCUGCUUGCGCUUCCUCUGCUUGUGCUUCGUCUGCUUCCGCUUCCUCUGCUUGUGCUUCCUCUGCUUGCGCUUCCUCUGCUUUCGCUACCUCUGCUUGUGCUUCCUAUGCUUUUGCUUCCUCUGCUUGUGCUUCCUAUGCUUGUGCUUCCUAUGCUUGUGCUUCCUCUACUUGUGCUUCCUCUACUUGUGCUUCCUCUGCUUGUGCUUCCUCUUCUUGCGCUUCCUCUGCUUGCGCUCCUCUGCUUGCGCUUCCUUUGCUUUGGCUUCCUCUGCUUGUGCUUCCUCUGCUUGUGCUUCCUCUGCUCGUGCUUCCUCUGCUUGUGCUUCCUCUGCUUGCGCUCCUCUGCUUGCGCUUCCUUUGCUUGGGCUUCCUCUGCUUGUGCUGCCUCUACUUGUGCUUCCUCCGCUUGUGCUUCCUCUGCUUGUGCUUCCUCUGCUUGCGCUUCCUCUUCUUGCGCUUCCUAUGCUUGCGCUUCCUGUGCUUGCGCUCCUCUGCUUGUGCUUCCUCUGCUUGUGCUUCCUCUGCUAGCGCUUCCUCUGCUUGUGCUUCCUCUGCUUGCGCUUCCUCUACUUGUGCUUCCUCUACUUGCGCUUCCUCUGCUUGCGCUUCCUCUACUUGCGCUUCCUCUGCUUGCGCUUCCUAUGCUUGUGCUUCCUCUACUUGCGCUUCCUCUGCUUGUGCUUCCUCUACUUGCGCUUCCUCUGCUUGCGCUUCGUUUGCUUGCGCUUCCUGUGCUUGCGCUUCCUCUGCUUGCGCUUCCUCUACUUGCGCUCCUCUGCUUGUGCUUCCUCUGCUUGUGCCUCCUCUACUUGUGCUUGCUCUGCUUGCGCUUCCUCUGCUUGUGCUUCCUCUGCUUGCACUUCCUCUGCUUGUGCUUCCUCUGCUUGUGCUUCCUCGAAAUGGGCUUCUUCUUCAUGUGCUUCCUCUGCUUGCGCUUCUUCUGCUUGUGCUUCCAUAGCUUGUGCUUCCUCUGCUUGUGCUUCCUCUGCUUGCGCUUCCUCUACUUGCGCUUCUUCUGCUUGUGCUUCAUCUACUUGCGCUUCCUCUGCUUGUGCUUCCUCUUUUUGCAUUUCCAAUGCUUGCACUUCCUCUGCUUGCGCUCCUCUGCUUGUGCUUCCUCUGCUUAUGCUUCCUCUGCUUGCGCUUCCUCUGCUUUUGCUUCCUCCGCUUGCUCUUCCUCUUCUUGUGCUUCCUUUGCUUGCGCUUCCUCUGCUUGCGCUCCUCUGCUUGUGCUUCCUCUGCUUGUGCUUCCUCUACUUGUGCUUCCUCUUCUUGCGCUUCCUCUGCUUGUGCUUCCUCUGCUUGCGCUUCCUCUUCUUGUGCUUCCUCUGCUUACGCUUCCUCUGCUUGCGCUUCCUCUGCUCGCGCUUCCUCUGCUUGUGCUUACUCUGCUUGUGCUUCCUCUGCUUGUGCUUCCUCAACUUGCGCUUCCUCUGCUUGCGCUUCCUCUGGUUGUGACUCCUCAGCUUCCGCUUCCUCUGCUUGCGCUUCCUCUUCUUGUGCUUCCUCUUCUUGCGCUUCCUCUGCUUGCGCUUCCUCUGCUUGCGCUCCUCUACUUGUGCUUCCUCUGCUUGUGCUUCCUCUCCUUGCGCAUCCUCUGCUUGUGCUUCCUCUGCUUCCGCUUCCUCUACUUGUGCUUCCUCUGCUUGCGCUUCCUCUGCUUGUGCUUCCUCUGCUUGUGCUUCCUCUGCUUGCGCUUCUUUGCUUGUGUUUCCUAUGCUUGUGCUUCCUCUACUUGCGCUUCCUCUGCUUGUGCUUCCUCUGCUUGCGCUUCCUCUGCUGUUGCUUCCUCUGCUUGCGCUUCCUCUGCUUGCGCUUCCUCUGCUUGCGCUUCCUCUGCUUGUGCUUCCUCUGCUUGCGCUCCUCUGCUUGUGCUUCCUUUGCUUGUGCUUCCUCUGCUUGCGCAUCGUCUGCUUGUGCUUCCUCUGCUUGCGCUUCCUCUGCGUGUGCUUCCUCUGCUUGCGCUUCCUCUGCUUGCAUUUCCUUUGCUUGCGCUUCCUCUGCUUGUGCUUCCUCUGCUUGCGCUUCUUUGCUUGUGUUUCCUAUGCUUGUGCUUCCUCUACUUGCGCUUCCUCUGCUUGUGCUUCCUCUGCUUGCGCUUCCUCUGCUGUUGCUUCCUCUUCUUGUGCUUCCUCUGCUUGCGCUUCCUCUGCUUGCGCUUCCUCUGCUUGUGCUUCCUCUGCUUGCGUUCCUCUGCUUGUGCUUCCUUUGCUUGUGCUUCCUCUGCUUGCGCAUCGUCUGCUUGUGCUUCCUCUGCUUGCGCUUCCUCUGUGUGUAUUUCCUCUGCUUGCGCUUCCUCUGCUUGCAUUUCCUUUGCUUGCGCUUCCUCUGCUUGUGCUUCCUCUGCUUGCGCUUCCUCUGCUUGCGCUUCCUCUACUUGUGCUUCCACUCCUUGCGCUUCCUCUGCUUGCGCUUCCUCUGAAGGUGCUUCCUUUGCUUGCGCUUCCUCUUCUUGUGCUACCUCUGCUUGUGCUUCCUCUUCUUGCGCUUCCUUUGCUUGCACUUCCUCUGCUUCUGCUUCCUCUUUUUGCGCUUCCUCUGCUUGUGCUUCCUCUGCUUGCGCUUCCUCUUCUUGUGCUUCCUCUGCUUACGCUUCCUUUGCUUGCGCUUCCUCUGCUCGCGCUUCCUCUGCUUGUGCUUACUCUGCUUGUGCUUCCUCUGCUUGUGCUUCCUCAACUUGCGCUUCCUCUGCUUGCGCUUCCUCUGGUUGUGACUCCUCAGCUUCCGCUUCCUCUGCUUGCGCUUCCUCUUCUUGUGCUUCCUCUUCUUGCGCUUCCUCUGCUUGCGCUUCCUCUGCUUGCGCUCCUCUACUUGUGCUUCCUCUGCUUGUGCUUCCUCUCCUUGCGCAUCCUCUGCUUGUGCUUCCUCUGCUUCCGCUUCCUCUACUUGUGCUUCCUCUGCUUGCGCUUCCUCUGCUUGUGCUUCCUCUGCUUGUGCUUCCUCUGCUUGCGCUUCUUUGCUUGUGUUUCCUAUGCUUGUGCUUCCUCUACUUGCGCUUCCUCUGCUUGUGCUUCCUCUGCUUGCGCUUCCUCUGCUGUUGCUUCCUCUGCUUGCGCUUCCUCUGCUUGCGCUUCCUCUGCUUGCGCUUCCUCUGCUUGUGCUUCCUCUGCUUGCGCUCCUCUGCUUGUGCUUCCUUUGCUUGUGCUUCCUCUGCUUGCGCAUCGUCUGCUUGUGCUUCCUCUGCUUGCGCUUCCUCUGCGUGUGCUUCCUCUGCUUGCGCUUCCUCAGCUUGCAUUUCCUUUGCUUGCGCUUCCUCUGCUUGUGCUUCCUUUGCUUGCGCUUCUUUGCUUGUGUUUCCUAUGCUUGUGCUUCCUCUACUUGCGCUUCCUCUGCUUGUGCUUCCUCUGCUUGCGCUUCCUCUGCUGUUGCUUCCUCUUCUUGUGCUUCCUCUGCUUGCGCUUCCUCUGCUUGCGCUUCCUCUGCUUGUGCUUCCUCUGCUUGCGCUCCUCUGCUUGUGCUUCCUUUGCUUGUGCUUCCUCUGCUUGCGCAUCGUCUGCUUGUGCUUCCUCUGCUUGCGCUUCCUCUGCGUGUGCUUCCUCUGCUUGCGCUUCCUCUGCUUGCAUUUCCUUUGCCUGCGCUUCCUCUGCUUGCGCUUCCUUUGCUUGUUCUUCCUCUACUUGUGCUUCCUCUGCUUGUGCUUCCUCUGCUUGUGCUUCCUCUGCAUGUGCUUCCUCUACUUGUGCUUCCUCUGCUUGUGCUUCCUCUGCUUGCGCUUCCUCUACUUGUGCUUCCUCUGCUUUUGCUUCCUUCGCUUGUGCUUCCUCUGCUUGCGCUUCCUCUGCUUGCGCUCCUCUCCUUGUGCUUCCUCUGCUUGUGCUUCCUCUGCUUACGCUUCCUCUGCUUGCGCUUCCUCUACUUGUGCUUCCUUGCUUGUGCUUCCUCUGCUUGCGCUUCCUCUGCUUGUGCUUCUUCUGCUUGUGCUUCCUCUACUUGCGCUUCCUCUGCUUGUGCUUCCUCUACUUCCGUUUCCUCUGCUUGCACUUCCUCUGCUUGCGCUCCUCUUCUUGUUCUUCCUCUGCUUGUGCUUCCUCUGCUUGCGCUUCCUCUGGUUGUGCUUCCUCCGCUUGCGCUUCCUCUUCUUGUGCUUCCUCUGCUUGCGCUUCCUCUGCUUGCGCUCCUCUGCUUGUGCUUCCUCUGCUUGUGCUCCCUCUUUUUACGCUUCCUCUGCUUGUGCUUCCUUUGCUUGCGCUUCCUCUGCUUGUGCUUCCUCUGCUUACGCUUCCUCUGCUUGCACUUCCUCUGCUCGCGCUUCCUCCGCUUGUGCUUCCUCUGCUUGUGCUUCCUCUUCUUGUGCUUCCUCUGCUUGUGCUUCCUCUGCUUGUGCUUCCUCUUCUUGUGCUUCCUCUGCUUGCGCUUCCUCUUCUUGCGCUUCCUAUGCUUGCGCUUCCUGUGCUUGCGCUCCUCUGCUUGUGCUUCCUCUGCUUGUGCUUCCUCUGCUAGCGCUUCCUCUGCUGGUGCUUCCUCUGCUUGCGCUUCCUCUACUUGUGCUUCCUCUACUUGCGCUUCCUCUGCUUGCGCUUCCUCUGCUUGCGCUUCCUCUACUUGCGCUUCCUCUGCUUGCGCUUCCUAUGCUUGUGCUUCCUCUACUUGCGCUUCCUCUGCUUGUGCUUCCUCUACUUGCGCUUCCUCUGCUUGCGCUUCCUUUGCUUGCGCUUCCUCUGCUUGCGCUUCCUCUGCUUGCGCUUCCUCUGCUUGCGCUCCUCUGCUUGUGCUUCCUCUGCUUGUGCCUCGUCUGCUUGUGCUUCCUCUGCUUGCGCUUCCUCUGCUUGUGCUUCCUCUGCUUGCGCUUCCUCUGCUUGUGCUUCCUCGAAGUGGGCUUCCUCUUCAUGUGCUUCCUCUGCUUGCGCUUCUUCUGCUUGUGCUUCCAUAGCUUGUGCUUCCUCUUCUUGCGCUUCCUCUGCUUGCGCUUCCUCUGCCUGCGCUUCUUCUGCUUGUGCUUCAUCUACUUGCGCUUCCUCUGCUUGUGCUUCCUCUUUUUGCGUUUCCUCUGCUUGCACUUCCUUUGCUUGCGCUCCUCUUCUUGUGCUUCCUCUGCUCAUGCUUCCUCUGCUUGCGCUUCCUCUGCUUGUGCUUCCUCCGCUUGCGCUUCCUCUUCUUGUGCUUCCUUUGCUUGCGCUUCCUCUGCUUGCGCUCCUCUGCUUGUGCUUCCUCUGCUUGUGCUUCCUCUGCUUGUGCUUCCUCUUCUUGCGCUUCCUCUGCUUGUGCUUCCUCUGCUUGCGCUUCCUCUGCUUGUGCUUCCUUUGCUCACGCUUCCUCUGCUUGCGCUUCCUCUGCUUGCGCUUCCUCUGCUUGUGCUUCCUCAGCUUGUGCUUCCUCUGCUUGUGCUUCCUCAACUUGCGCUUCCUCUGCUUGCGGUUCCUCUGGUUGUGACUCCUCAGCUUCCGCUUCCUCUGCUUGCGCUUCCUCUGCUUGUGCUUCCUCUUCUUGCGCUUCCUCAGCUUGCGCUUCCUCUGCUUGCGCUCCUCUGCUUGUGCUUCCUCUGCUUGUGCUUCCUAUGCUUGCGCAUCCUCUGCUUGUGCUUCCUCUGCUUCCGCUUCCUCUACUUGUGCUUACGCUGCUUGCGCUUCCUCUGCUUGUGCUUCCUUUGCUUGUGCUUCCUCUGCUUGCGCUUCCUCUGCUGUUGCUUCGUCUGCUUGUGCUUCCGCUUCUUGCGCUUCCUCUGCUUGCGAUUCCUCUUCUUGCGCUUCCUCUGCUUGUGCUUCCUCUGCUUGCGCUCCUCUGCUUGUGCUUCCUCUGCUUGUGCUUCCUCUGCUUGCGCAUCCUCUGCUAUUGCUUCCUCUGCUUGCGCUUCCUCUGCGUGUGCUUCCUCUGCUUGCGCUUCCUCUGCUUGCGCUCCUCUGCUUGUGCUUCCUCUGCUUGUGCUUCCUCUGCUUGUGCUCCCUCUUCUUGCGCUUCCUCUGCUUGUGCUUCCUCUGCUUGCGCUUCCUUUGCUUGUUCUUCCUCUGCUUAUGCUUCCUCUGCUUGCGCUUCCUCUUCUUGUGCUUCCUCUGCUUGCGUUUCCUCUGCUUGCGCUCCUCUGCUUGUGCUUCCUCUGCUUGUGCUUCCUCUGCUUGUGCUUCCUCUUCUUGCGCUUCCUCUGCUUGUGCUUCCUCUGCUUGCGCUUCCUCUGCUUGUGCUUCCUCUGCUUGUGCUUCCUCUGCUUGUUCUUCCUCUGCUUGCGCUUCCUCUGCUUGCGCUUCCUGUGGUUGUGA